AUGUUCCUCAAGCUGAAUCGGACAAGACUUGGUCAGCUGCUAUUGCGCUUCCCUAAGGACUUCGUUAUUGAGGGUCAGAAGGCUAGCGGGAAGGUUACGCUGAUUCAUCCGGAGGUCAUACAGUGCCCAUCUACCCCUGUGCCGUUGGAGAAGGAUAUAGUACAUGAUAACACUACUGCAGAUGAUAUGAAAAUAUCUGCCGAGUCACCAUCGGGUAUGGAAAAGAAUGAUACACAGGGCAACGUGUUCUCCCAAGCAGGAAGGAAUUAUUACGGCGAUACAACGUUGGGCGUGCCUGGCAAUGAUGGCAGUACUCUCACUCUAUCAGCAAGAUCUGUUGGUUAUUUGAAGAACUCCCGUCUAGCGGAUCUCGGAAUGGGACUUUCUGUGGAUGUUUUGGGUCUGACGAAAGGUAUAGUACAGCAUGUUGUACAUGGCACCACCACCACCACAGCAGCUGCCGUCGUCACCGCUACCAUUGGUCAGUCCUGGGACAGCCCUAGGUUUGACACCGUUUUCCGCCCUACCGAGGUCUAUGGUUGA